UUUCUUUUUUUUUAGCCAGUGAAACUGUUUGUUCAUUUCCUGUGGUUUCCCUGUGUGAGCAAGGAAUGUUGCUACUAGCAGGCCUUGAAUGUUAAUAGAGCAUAUUAUAUUGACAUAUUGGAAUGAAUAGUCAAUUGAUUGUACACUACUUACUACCACUCGCAAAACAAGCUAACUAAGAAACUGCGUCGCUCGAAACUGACUACACUUGAAAAAGCCCAUGGAGCAUAAAGAAACUAAGCUCAAAGUUCCUGAAGGUUUUCGCAACCUACUCGAGUGUUUAACGUGUGAAAUACUUCGUGCACAACCAAGUAAUAUCCCAAGAUUUGCAGCCGAUUAUUUGAAAGGAAGACUCGUAUCAAGGCAAGAAAAAGGAUACGACGAAUGUCUACUUGGAUCACAGAUUGACGGCUUUUAUAAGUUUGAGCCAUUCUUUGGCAACGAAGAUCUUCCUCCUACCCUAGAAACGACGAACGUACCUAGCAACCAAAAUCAACAUCUCCGUAUAAAUUAUAACGAUGACAGUGAACUGGCAGCUUCAAAAAUCCAGGCUGGUUACCGUGGCUACACAUGCCGUAAAGAGCUCAACCAAAAGCACGAAGCUGCCACGAAAAUCCAAGCAAAAUUCAGAGGUUACCAAGUUAGGGCAGGGAAUAUGUCGGGAAAUGAUGAUGAGGGAAGAAAUGGSAAAACUGCGUCUCGUUUUCAAAGCAAAGACGACGCAGCCGUURCAAUUCAAUCUGGUUAUCGCGGUUACCAAGAUAGGAAGAAAAUAGCAAAACAGUCAGAAGCUGCCACAACCAUCCAGGCUGGUUACCGUGGUUACAAAGUGCGUAAAGUUAGACGCGGUCAAUCCGAAGCAGCUAUAAAGAUUCAGUCCGGUUACCGUGGUUACAGGGUACGGGAAAUUUGUCGCAACCAAUCAGAAGCCGCCCUUAAGAUUCAGACAAAUUAUCGAGGAUACCGGGUACGAAAGAUUCAAAGUAACAGGUCAGAAGCCGCGAAUAGAAUCCAAGCGAACUACCGGGGUUACCGCGUCCGUAAACAACUCAAGGAGAAACUCACGAAUCCGACAAAUGCUUUACUUGAAGUUGGAAAACAAUAUGACACUCGUUAUUCGUUUAGUAUACCUGUUGAAGACGUGCAAUUUGACGUUAACUUUGACAGUGACAGCGAUGGUGACAUUGAUAAGGUUGUUGAUCAAAUGGAAGCCAAGAACAAGAUGAAAGACGAGAACUCUACGGUCAACAAUGCUAAUCAAAGCUGAAAACCGGCAAUACAUUGAUAAUAUCUGUAAUAAAUUACGAACUUCAUCUCAAAAUCCUCCUUACAUAUUGCGCYUGAUCUUAGAAGAAUUCCGCCCGCAUGGAUGAUUGGUUCAUUCAGUUACGUUUUUAUCCCACCAAGUUUUAGUUGACUCUAGAAAAUCCUUUGAAAUCGUAUUGAUUAUAUCUGAUCAAAAUAAUAUGAAUAUUCCAUUAUUACUAGAGUGCUCUCACUUAAAGCGUGAAACAAAUAGUACUAAUUACUACUAAAUAGUGUUGAUUAUACAAUAGGAAACAAAGAAAUUUGUAUAAUUUAUUACCUAUUUUGUAGUAUUUAUAUUUCACGCAUUUAGUGCGAGCACUCUAUACCCAGGGAAAAACUAAAAUUAAACUUAAUUAAUUAGCCUAGAAGUGUAAAUAUCAACUGUAAUAAAGAUAAGUAAAGAAUUCUUGUUGACUGUACUUAUCUGUCCACCUAUAUAUCUACAACAAAACAUUGCCGU